AUGUCAAAUAUUACAGGUGAUGAAGGGAGUUUCUCUUCAGGAAACACUGGAGAAGAAGUCCAGCAACUUCAAGAAAAGAAGCAACUUCAGCUAGAAAACCACCUCCAUGGCUCGGGUUUGGUACCUUCCGGCGCCAUGACGAAUAGCAAUGGCUCAAGCUCACAACAACAACCAGCUAAGAAGAAAAGAAAUCUACCAGGAACUCCAGGCAAUUUCAACAACCCCAUGAACCUCAAUUAUAUAUGUUUUCAUAACACCAAUCUUUGCUUGAUGGGGAUGUAUUCAAAGAAGAUUAAGCAGCAGCUUAGAAUGAAAUACUAG